AUGGUGUCCGUCGACCGCCAUACGAUUAUGGAGGCCAACCGGUCGCUCCGCACCAUCAAGACGGAACUGGAAAAUCUGCUGGAAAAGGGCGUCAUCAACGACGCCGUCUUCGAGCAGAUCCACGGCGCCUUGCCGGAAGAAUCGCCCCUUUCCGGCCCCCUCCGCACCUCGACAUCGGCGACGGCCACGACGACGGCGGCGCCGACGGUGACGGCAGCGAACAGCACCUUGUCGCCCGCGCCCGGUCCCGGCACGCCCGUGUCGAGCGUCAACGGCGAAGGCGGCAGGCAACCCUCGCCCAUGCUGGGCUCCAACGGCGGAGCCGGCCAGCCGUGCCCGUCUCCGGCACCGCCGUCGUACGAGGCCACGCCGCCGCCGAACCCGCCCCUCCGCGACGCGAGGCCCGCCAUCGCCCACGCGCGGGCGCUCUACCGCUACAGCGCCUCGGACGCGCGCGACAUGGCAUUUGAAAAGGACGACAGGAUUGCCGUGCACGAGUACAUGAACCAGGACUGGUGGAUGGGCCAAAACCUCCGCACGGGCCAGCAGGGCAUCUUCCCCCGCAACUACGUCCUCGUCGAGACCGAGCAGAAGACGGUCGCCGGCCUUCCCUACCGACCGCCGCCGCAGCAAAUGUACGCGCAGGGUCCGCCGCCGCCGCCGCAGCAGCAGAACCCGUACAACGCCCACGUACCGCCGAUGGCCGUCGCCGAGGGAAGCCAGCAGCCGCCGCCGCCGCAGGAGCCGCAGCAGGGCGGCGGCAAGGCCGGCGAGCUGGGUAAGAAGUUUGGCAAGAAGCUGGGCAACGCUGCCAUCUUUGGCGCCGGCGCGACCAUUGGCGGAAACAUUGUCAACAGCAUCUUCUGA